GUUGAUUGGCUCUUGUGCUUGUGGCUCUUGUUCUAUCUAUUCUCUAAAAGUGAAAAGUGAAAACCACGAAAUUUAUUCUGCUUUCUUGAUUAGUACAAAAUAAUUAACUAAUGAAUGACAAGCAAAAGUCAUCUCUCAUAUCGAAUCAGUCAUUGGCAUCACUCGCAUGGGCAUUUGGUGUGGAAUAUUCCACAAAAUUAAAUUAUUCUGAAACAGCUAUUGGUGAAAUUUGUUGUUGUUGAAAGACAUUUCAUCAACUCCGGCGGAGGCCUACGAAAGAUUCCAUUUCUGUGCAUCGAUUGUGAGAAAAUAGGAGGGAUGAGAAAGCCUCCGUCUUGUUAAUGACUUUGUAGUGUGAUGGAAUAAUCCAUUGAAGUGAGGCGGCUGCAAGCCUACCUGUGUCAAGGAUAAUCCUACUUUGAUGGCUUAAUAAAAGCUUUCUGGCCUCAUCCGGAAUUCAGAUUGCGGAAGGACGGAUAAGAGAGGAUGGCAUUUCACUUUUACACAAGCAAACAAGUCCUCACAUUCUACCACGGACACCUGGAUGACUCGCCAAUCCUUUCACUGGUGAGCGACGCACCUCUUGUUAAUUCACUCAAAGCUGAUCCAAGUUCUAGUUUCUCUUCUUUUGACGCCUUCGCUUGUUAUACGUGACAACCUUCGUCGUCGACAUGCAAGUGGUGUCCUUAACUCCUAAUAACUUGCCCAUCAAAAGAACUGAUUUAGCCUACUGACAACACUGAACAAAUCAGCAUCGCUUCCAUUAUUCUGAUCAAGGAGGCCCAACUUACCAAGCAACGAUCGUCCAGCACGUCGAAUAAUCCUUCGACAAGCCGCAACUUUGCCGCCAUUUUGAAAGCGGAAAUGGCCAUUCGAUCACUUCCAUCCAGCGCCAAGGCGUGUUUGGACCGAUUUUCAAUGGCGGCAAACGGGACUGUCCGUCCCACCAUUUCUAACUCCAGCAACGGGCAAAGGCAGUGCAGCUUCUUCAUAGACGCACCCGCCGAUAAGCUCAUCCAGAUGACCUGUUCGGUCGUCAGUCUGAAAAGUCCGGGCGCCGGAUUAGUUAUUUACGGAGGUUCCGAAAUCAACGUCAAUCCGCCCGUCGUCAAUCGAAUUUACACGUCAAGGAGCAACAACAUGUUCCUGUUUUCCAGGGUCGACAAAACCGACUGGUUCGACUGCAAAUGGAAAAUGAUUCCCGAACCGCAAACAACUGAAUAUCAACUCUGUCGCGAUGGAACGUCCGCCACUCCCAACGGGACCAUUCAGCUAUCAGCGGACGAUACCAGCACAGAUCCGAGAAUGUGCAUGUUUGUCAUUACCGUUCCUUCCGACCACCGAAUUCAGUUGAUGUGCUCCAACGUGACCAUCAGCAGCCCUGACAAUUAUUUACAGGUCCAAACGAUUUCCGAAACUGUGAUAGCCGAUCCACCUGCAAUGAAUCGGGUCUACACUUCGACCAGCGAAAUCAUUUACCUGUUUUCUCAAUUCAGCAAUCAAGACUCUUUCAAAUGCCAAUGGACGACGGUUAUGAUCCCACCACUGUCAACUGAUAACAAACUCUGUCGGGAGAAAAUCACGAAAUCUGCCAGCGGAUCCAUUCAACCGUUAAUGGCUAACGGCACAAAUGUUCAACCGAAUUCCUGUUCGUUUAUCAUCGAAGUGCCUCCUAAUCAAUUGACUGAGAUUUCUUGCCCGGUCAUCAAUUUCACUAGCCCAGGGAGUUACUUGCAUUUCAGCGGAAUUUCCGAUUUAAGCAUGGCUCUUACGCCCCUGGCCAACCGAGUGUACACUUCCGGUUCCGAUUUGAUUUAUUUGAACUCUCAAAUUGAUGUCAGUAAAGAUUGGUUUAAUUGCACAUGGUCAGCUGUUCCGGCUCCGUCGACGACGGAUUUCAAACUCUGUCGCCAUGGAGGAACAACUUCGUCCAGCGGGACCCUUCAACCAUUUUUGGACGGUUUAACAACGGGAGAACCGAGAGAAUGUUAUUUCUUCAUUGAAUUGCCUUUGGAUGAACAAAUUGAGUUUUCGUGUUCAUCGCUUAGUUUGACAAGCCCCGGAAGUUAUUUGCGGGUCGUCGGUGUGUCUGAUUUUGACGAGAAUCCGCCCGUAGAAAACGGAAUUUAUUUGUCGAAUGGGACGAGAGUCCUUGUGUACUCGCAAUUCAACAACGGCGAUUGGUUCGAUUGCAUUUGGGCGUCAACAACCUGCCCUGCGCCACUGACGACGACAUCGGACUCCUCAAUUUCCACUACUCCGACUUUGUCCGGAAUUACUCCAACGGCGACGACAAUUCCCUCUUUUUCUACUUCAUCGAAAACGACGAUCGUCACCAGCUCAUCAUCGACGCCAAGCACAACAACUCCUUUGCCGGCUGAUCCGAGUUGUGUGACUUAUGGCUUAGUAUGCGGAUUGGUUUGUGGCCCAUUGACGUCAACGGGAGGUGUUGUGCAGACUAACAAUUUUCCCGACGACUACCUGGGUUCAACUAAUUGCGUCGCCGUUUUUAAGGUCGCAGCAGGAAGGGGAAUCCAAUUGACAUUCACCGACUUCAAUUUGGCUCCCAACGACUACGUUUAUGUUUUCGAUGCACUGCGCCGAAGGAUAUCGAACCAGAUGUUCGGAAACCAAACUGCGCCAUUAGUUAUAAACACAUCCACCAACGAAAUGUCCAUCCAACAUGCAAGCUUUUCUAGUCGCCCACCUGGAUCAUAUAAUCUGCGUGCGACUUUCACAGCGGUGUAACCUCUUGGGGCCUCAGCGCUGUUUCAUUAUUAAUUGG